CCGAUCACUGCACUUCACCACCGUCCUCUUCAUCGACAGCCCAAGACCUGCACUCGUUAGCAAGACUGAUCAAGUCCCUGGAAGCGAUCUCCGUCCGCCAUGAAAGCUAGGUCACUUAUCCUCCUCUUGCUCUUGCUCCUCGUCCUCCUGAACGCGCGGUGCGCGUCCUCCGUGCCUUACCACCAGGAGGAAGUUGAGGAAGAAGAGGAGGAAGAGAGGGAAUGGAGAAGGAGGGAGAGAGGGGGGGAGGAGAGAGAGUGGAGGAGGACGGAGAGAGGCGGAGGGGCAGGCAGAGGAGAAGCGGACGACUUCUUCCUGUUGCAUGACUCGAAGCACGUGUUCCGGACCGACGCUGGCGAGAUGACGGUGGUGAGGAGCUUCAGCGGCCGGAUCGUCGAACGGCCCAUGCACAUAGGCUUCAUCACCAUGGAGCCCCAGACCCUCUUCGUACCUCAGUACCUCGAUUCCAAUCUGAUCCUCUUCGUCCGCCGAGGAGAGGCUAUAAUUGGUGCAAUCCACAAAGAUGGGCUGGUGGAGAGGCGGUUGAAGAUCGGUGACAUAUUCGGGGUCCCUGCCGGGUCGGCAUUCUACUUGGUGAACAUUGGGGAGGGUCAGAGACUGCACAUCAUCACCAGCAUCGACACUUCCGAGAGCUUGGGGUUGAGGACUUUCCAGUCAUUCUUCAUUGGUGGAGGAAGCUACCCGACCUCUGUACUCACCGGGUUCGAACCUGAAACGCUUGCAACCGCAUUUAACGUUUCAAUAGAUGAAGUGACGGAACUACUGACCAGGCAAAAAGAGGGCCCCAUUAUAUACAUAAAUGACGACACUCGUAAACCACCGAGCUUCUGGUCUAAGUUCUUGCAGCUGAAAGAACAAGAUAGGCUACAACACCUAAAGAAAAUGGUGGAGUUCCACGGAGAAUCCAAGGACGAGGAGAAUGAAGAAGAAGAAGAAGAAGCGUGGUCGUGGUGGAAGUUCUUGAGCUCCAUCUUCGCGAGGGACGGCAGAAGGGAUGGCCGUAGAAGGGAAGGCAGGAGGGAUGACCGAAAAUGGAGAACUGGCAAAGGACCGGACUCCUACAAUCUGUACGAUCGACGCCCCGACUUCCGCAACGACUAUGGAUGGAGUGUUGCCCUUGAUGAGUCCGAUUAUGAACCUCUCAAGCACUCGGGCGUGGGAGUUUACCUCGUCAAUCUAACGGCGGGAUCAAUGAUGGCGCCCCAUGUAAAUCCGAGGGCCACAGAGUACGGGAUCGUCCUCGGAGGAUCGGGUACGAUCCAGAUCGGGUACCCAAAUGGGUCGUCUGCGAUGAAUGCGAAUGUGAAAGAGGGAGACGUGUUCCUGGUGCCGAGGUACUUCCCGUUCUGCCAGAUCUCGUCUAGGAGCGGGCCGCUCGAGUUCUUCGGGUUCACCACCUCAGCCCGGAGGAACAGGCCCCAGUUCCUGGUGGGCCGGAACUCGGUCCUCCAGACGCUGCUUGGGCCGGAACUCGCUGCCGCGUUCGGGGUAAGCAACGAGACGACCAUAAGGCAGUUCCUCGAUGCUCAGCGCGAGGCCGUCAUAUUGCCUUCAGCAUCAGCAGCGCCGCCCUAUGACUCAGCGAAGAAGCAGCAGCAGCAGCAAGAGGAGGAGAGGGCUAAACAGGGGGGGAUUGAGAAGGUGACGGAGGACCUUUGGCAGUGAGACGGUCGGGGGUUUUUGAUUAGGCAAUAGAGGUGUUGGUGGAGAAACAGGGGCCUUUUGUGGAGUUUUUGUGUAGGUUUCAGUUUUUUUCUGGUCAUGCUUGUUUUGAGGUUUGAGCAGCGUUUAUUAGCCCUUUUCUUUUGGGUUCAUUUGGGACAUGACUUUGGUCAUUUUGUGAAAUAAAAUCGCCUUUCUCCUUUCCACUGA